AUGCUCAGUACAGCCCAGGCAGCACAUUGCCGCGGAGGACGCUGGAAUCCGCUCCCCCGGCGGCAGCGCUCAGUCCGCGUCAGCUCCCGCCGCAGCCAUGGCCCUGCUGCAGCCCGCCCGGCGCCUGCUCUCCGCCGCGGCCCAGCGCCACCUCUGCCUGGCCCCCGCCGCGGCCAGAGCCAGCUCCUGGUGGUCUCAUGUGGAGAUGGGACCCCCUGAUCCUAUUUUGGGGGUGACUGAAGCCUUUAAACGAGACACCAACGCUAAGAAGAUGAACCUGGGUGUUGGGGCAUACCGGGACGAUAACGGGAAGCCAUAUGUCCUGAACAGUGUCCGCAAAGCGGAGGCCCAGAUAGCUGCUAAGAAGAUGGACAAGGAGUACUUACCCAUUGCAGGGCUGGCGGAGUUCAAUAAGGCAUCAGCUGAGCUGGCACUGGGUGACACCAAUGAGGUUAUCAAGAGUGGCCGGUAUGUCACCGUGCAGACGAUUUCUGGGACUGGGUCUCUAAGAGUUGGAGGCAAUUUCUUGCAACGAUUCUUCAAGUACAGCCAUGACGUGUACCUGCCCAAACCAUCCUGGGGCAACCACACCCCCAUUUUCAGGGAUGCUGGCAUGCAGCUGCAUGCCUAUCGCUACUAUGAUCCCAAGACCUGCGGCUUUGACUUUGCUGGAGCCUUGGAUGACAUUUCUAAAAUUCCCGAGCAGAGUGUCGUUCUCUUCCACGCCUGUGCUCACAACCCCACUGGUGUGGACCCCCGACCAGAGCAAUGGAAGGAGCUGGCUGCUGUGGUGAAGAAAAGGAAUCUCUUCACAUUCUUUGACAUGGCGUACCAGGGCUUUGCCAGUGGGGACAUAACCCGAGACUCCUGGGCUGUGCGUCAUUUUAUUGAGCAAGGCAUUAAUAUUGUUCUGUCUCAGUCCUAUGCCAAGAACAUGGGCCUUUACGGGGAGCGUGUGGGUGCCUUCUCGGUGAUCUGCAAGGAUGUGGAUGAGGCCAAGCGGGUGGAAUCCCAGCUGAAGAUCCUGAUCCGCCCCAUGUAUUCAAACCCACCCAUCAAUGGAGCUCGUAUUGCCUCCACCAUCCUGAUGAGUCCUGACCUGCGGAAGGAAUGGCUGGAAGAGGUGAAGGGGAUGGCUGACCGGAUCAUUGACAUGCGCAACCAGCUGGUGGCCAACCUCAAGAAAGAAGGCUCCUCCCACAACUGGCAACACAUCACUGACCAGAUCGGCAUGUUCUGUUACACGGGGCUGAAACCUGAACAGGUGGAGCGACUAACCAAAGAGUUCUCCAUAUACAUGACAAAAGAUGGUCGGAUCUCCAUGGCAGGGGUCACAUCUGGUAACGUGGGUUACCUAGCUCAUGCAAUACACCAAGUCAGCAAGUAAACACAGUGGAGCAGACGGCCUUCCCUUCAACGGUCUUUGGACUUUCUGAAUCAAGAGGAAGGGGAAGUGCAUUUGGGGGGGUUGGGGCAAGCAGAAUAUUUACUUUCAACCACAGCACUUGAUUCUGUCAUUUAAUGUAGUUCGUGUACAAGGCUGCAGCUAGCGGCAUCAACACAUCAUAGCCAAAGCCACCUGCCCUUUCCGACAGGGAUGUCACUGCUUCCUGCUCCUCUCUUCAGAAGUAGCUUCUCGCAUUAUGCACCCUCUCCCCUACACAGGCACCCGUCAGGCUUUAAACAUCUUGGCACAACUAGUGCAUGUAGAAUGAUAGAACUCUGACCAAGAGGACUGGGCGCUGAGUGGCAUCUCUGUGCCCAUCUCUUACUUGGGAGGGGAGAAGGCUUCAUAACAUAGUUCAGUUACUGUUUUUAAAUGAGCUGGAACAGGAUCAAGACCCCGUCCUCCCACUCUGAAAGGAGAUCAAGUAACGCGUCACUGCAUUCAUGUCAACAGGGGACCCUGUCCUUCUACACUGGUGGGGGUAGAGCGACAGCUGGAGCUGUGGGACCAGCACAGCUCUACUGUCUAGCUGUACAGCACGGCCACUUGCUUUACUCACGUCAUUCGAGGAGGGCCACUGAAAACGCUGUAUGUAAAUGAGUUUUGGGGUCUGCUCCUCAUGGGUGGCAGGUGGAGCCCCAGUUCAGGGAGGCUAGGCCCUGGCUCCGCCCCUUCCGCUCCCCCAUCCCUGGCCGGAGCCCUGAGCCUCCCACCCAACCUGCUUGGAGGAGCCCUGGGCUAGCGCAGGUAGUGCAGUUUGUGCCACUACACCUGAGCCACCGCAGCCGCGCCUCCCCUCCGCAGACUCCAGGCCGCCCUGUGGGAACAUUCAAAAGCCCUUCUCUUCUCUCUUCUGGAAGAAGAACCUGAGCUUUUGAUAUGCACCAUGCAGGCUAUGGGGCCACUGAGGAGGUAUGUGUUAUUCAGCUUCCCAGGUUCAUCAGGACUCUUCUUGGAGUCCAGGGAGAUUAGUAAGGAACCCAGGAAGCUGAGUAGCACAUACCAUCUCAGCUGCUCGGGAACCUGCACGGUGCAUAAUAUUACAAAUUUCCACCACACCACCUGCAACCAGGGUCUGACGGCAGCAGCUGCACUAGGAGAGGUUGAGCCUCCCCUGGCCUAUUAUACCCUCUGCCCAUGCUGCUCCUCCAGCUUGGUAGGUGGAGGGAGAGUGAACAUGCCAUACAGGUCUUGGUUGAAAAACAGCUUUUGAUCAAAUGACCUAGAAAACCAGCUUGAGAUCCCAAAUAAUCAAUCCUCUGCCUGUGUAAACUUGCAUCACCAAUGUAUUUUGAUUGCUUCUUCCUUGCCUGUCAGAGUGCUACAGCUGAUGGCUUGUUUCACCUUUACAGCAGCAGAAGCAUGAAAGGAGAGAGCACUUUUCAGGGAGCACAUGCAUGAGGGAUACUUAUUACACAAUUGCAAUCUAAGCCUCUGAAUGCCGCUUCUGGGGUUGAUUUUGUCUUUAACGAUUGUAGAAAUGACACAGAGGAUCUGAAUUUGCUUCUGAACAAGAAAAACUGAAAAGCUUUAGAGAACUCCUGAUAUCAAAGCCUGUACAAUUGUUUCUAAUCAGGAAUCCCAUCUCUGUUCAGAAAAACUAGUGGUGCUUUUAGGGCGUGUGAGAGAGAUCAGUGCCUCUCUGGGGUUGUCAUUUCUCGCUUUAAUCGUGUUUGGAAACAUGGCUUGCUUCGUUCUCUCCCUCUCAUGCCUCCCCGAGUGCCAUUCGCACAGAAGUAGGGUGAUUCUUCCCACGCUAAGAUUCUGCUCUGAAAAAUGGCCACUUCUUUCGCCUGACCUGAUUGUGGUGUGUACUCUCCUAUCCCUGCUACUAGUGUGACAACCAGCCUUAGCUGUUAGGUAUCUUACAUUCCUGCUAUCCGUCCGGAGCUGAGAGAGAAAGCUGGCUUCAAUUCCUUGUUGUGCAUCAACAGACCUAAUUGGCCAUGGGUUUGAAACUUAGUUAUAUCUGCGUAACCUCCUGAAAGCAAGGGGGUUGUGUCAGGAGGGUAUACUUAACAGAACUGUCAGCACUCCUGGUCAUAUGCAGGAAGGAAAGAUCCCAGUCAUCUAAAACACAAAAAAAGACCACCUCUCUCCUUGUAAACUCAGAGUUGUCUCUUGGCAACUGAUCAAUAAACAUGGAACCCCAUGAUGUCUCUUCUUCCACAGGCACUCUUCAGAGUGGAAGUGGACUACAGGGGAGUCGCAUCUUACGCGGGGGUUAGGUUCUGGAGUCAGCACAUAAGGUGAAAAUCACAUAUAGUCAAACGCUCAUUGAGUAGAAUGGCAGGCGUAGUUGCCCGCACUACAAGUACAGUAUUUAAAUUAUUUUCUCUUGUUUUGCCGAGUGCAUAUAGUUAAAAUUGCGUAAGUUAUGCACCUAUGAUGCAACUCCACCGUACUUUGAUAUUUAAUCCUAAAUAGACUCUCCUGCACCCAACUGAACCCAUAUGGAUCAGUUCCAGCUUUCCAGUGUUUGUCAGCUGAAGCCAACUCUUAAGGCUGAGCCCCUCCCCACUUUGUUUCUUCUUCCACAGCGUAUGUCAUCUUUUAACCAACGAGCUGGGUUUCCAUCAUUCUCUUCCUUCUCUUCUCCCACCCCUCCAUCCCCCUUCACUGAUUUUAAAAACUAACUGGAACAGUUUGAAUGGAAAUUGGUUGUAAGAGAUCUGCAGGCCUUAAAGCAAACACACCAAUGAAGUGUUUCUGUGGUGUCUGGCAGCAUGGAGUUCUCCGUUGCUGAAGGCAGAGGCCUGAACAUGAACAUACGUGAGGUAGACACGUGCAAGAUACUGCUGCCACCUCUGAGCCCCAUGUGUGUUCUUUUCUUCCCACUCACUCCCAGACUAAGUGGUCCCAUUGCUAACUGUCCAUGGGCAUCUUUCCUAUUUUAGUCCCUAGAGGGCUUUUUGCUGAUCGAUAGGCAGCUGUCACUUCUGUAGUUCCUUCCUACCAUUGUUCCAUCCCCCUAAGCUGCCACCGCUGUAGCCAGAAGAAAAGGAGUAAAGGAGGAUUCUAGUCUGUCUCAAGUAAAGAGAAGUCAAUUGCACUUUAAUGGCAGUGGUGAUGUACACAUCCUCCUGCAUGGGAGUUACUGAAGCCACUUGCCCAAAGCCUUCGCUUCUCUCUGAUUCUCAGUGUGCAUCUGGUUAGGGAAUGACUUUUUUGUGCUGUGGUUCUAAGCUUCUGUGUGCUUCCAGCUCUGCUCUUCACCUUGCUAGGCAAGCCGUUUGCCACUGUCUAGUCAUUUAGGCCUUUAUGCAGCCUGUUCUCUCUGUUACAAUAAAACUACAGAUAGCGUGUA